CAGUAGUCUGUUUCCGUCGAUACAAACACUACAGCCGUGAGCAUCUGUGUUACCGUGAAUAUACUGCAUCAGUGUAUUUCGCUAUUAGCUCUUCAUGGGAAGCAUAGCUGAAGCCAUGCAGUACGCAAAUGAAAAGUCGGACAAGUUGGGAGAAUCUUCCACCUAUAUCGAUCAACAGUACAAGGUUGUUGACAGUGAAAACUAUGACAACAAGUCUAGCAAAGUGAAGAAGCAGCACAGGUGUGAGAAAUGCAGCAAGCAGUUUGGUCGACUGGGUCAUCUAAAGGCACACAUGCGGACUCACACAGGUGAGAAACCGUACAGAUGUGAGGAAUGCAACAGGCGGUUCAGUCGGAAGAGUCAUCUAAAGACACACAUGCGGACACACACAGGCGAGAAACCCUAUAUUUGUGAGAAGUGCCGAAGGCAGUUCAUACAACUGAGUCAGCUACGGGAACACGUACGAACUCACACAGGUGAGAAACCGUACCUUUGUAAAUAUUGUCUCAAACGUUUCAGACAGCUAUCCCCUCUGAAGGUACACAUGCGAACCCACACGGGAGAGAAACCCUACAAGUGCGAGGCGUGCAGCAGGCAGUUCGGUGAGAUGGGACAUCUGAAGAAACACAUAUGGUCUCAUACUGGUGAAAAGCCAUACAAGUGCGACGAGUGUAGCAAACAGUUCAUCUGCUAG